CGUUUCCUAAGUGACAAUAUACCUGGUGCUUGUGAAAAGUGAGAUUACCAUGAUUACAACCUUUGUUUUCACAAAAAUCCGACAAAAAAAUAAGUAGAUAAGAUUCUGUUAUUGGAUCUGGUAUCAUUAUAGUGUGCUAACUUCCUUUUCGUUUUAACUUUAUUUUCAUGCUUAUAUUCAGUUAAGCAUGCUGUCCUGGGCACACAGUUGUCUGGGCUGUGCUGUCUGUCCAGGAUAGGGAAUCAGUGAUUAGGCCGUCUGUCCAGAAGAGGGCAUUAGAAUUUUAGUUUUAUUUUCGUGCUUAUAUUCAGUUAAGCAUGCUGUCCUGGGCACACAGUUAUCUGUUAUCUGGGCUGUGCUGUCUGUCCAGGAUAGGGCAUCAGUGAUUAGGCUGGCUGUCCAGAAUAGGGCACCAGUGGUCAGGCUGUCUGUCCAGAAUAGGGCAUCAGUGGUCAGGCUGGCUGUCCAGGAUAAGGCACCAGUGGUUAGGUUGUCUGUCUAGAAUAAGGCAUCAGUGGUUAGUGAGAGAGAAAUCUUAGCCGUACACCUCCCUACAGAGCUAUUAAAACUUGCCCAGGUUUGGAUAUGCAGGGCUCACACUGGAAUGAAUUUUGUUUUAGCCAAUUUUCAGAUGUGUGAAGAAUUUCCUUCAAAAUUAUUUUAAAAGUGUUUAAUUUAAAGAAUUUUAUUAGCCAAAGACUAAAUGCUGUAGCCACUAUGUAUAAAAAUUAGUAUUUGGCUAACUUGGCAAUAGACAGGGUGAGCCCUGGAUACAAAUCUAGGACCUACCAGGCUAAUAAUUUAACCACAAAGCCAAGGAGGCUGCAUGAUCAGUCUGGGUAGAUGAAGCUGUCCAGGACCAAUUACAAAAUCCAUCUCAAUUUAAAAAUUGGAGGAAAGAAAAAAGUACACCCAUUUAAAAUGUCCCUCAAGUUUUUAACACCUUGCAGGCUUCCAUUGAUGAUGUUUAUGAUUAUUAAUAUAACACAUGAAGACUGGUAUUUCAUAUCUGAACAUUGUCAUUAAUGAAUAUCAGAUUAUAUUGAUAAUCGUAGAAGAAUAUUUUAAAAUCUUAAAAAUGGUCAUGAAAAAGCCAUUAAAAAUUUAUGGAGAUUAAUGAAAUCAGUAUAAUAGUGUUUGAACCGUAUAGUUUCUAAUUACGUAACAACAGACACAGGGCUCAAACUUAACAAAGACACCGACGGCAAUUGCUGUCGUUGAGAUAUAAAUUGCUGUGGGUUGGAAGCAUCACCAAUGGCACUUUUAUGCCACUGGAUAAAAAUUACUGCCGUCAGUAAAACUCCUCAACAACAGUAAAAUGAAUAUAAUCUGGUGUAUAUUAUCUGCCAGUGUUUAAAAUUUGUACAUUUAAAAUAUGUCUGUAUAUGCAACAAAUUAACCCUAGUCAUAUUUAUUUGCUGCGAAAGUGGCCUUUUGGAACAUUGCCAUAGGCAGGUUCAAAACUGCUGUCCAUGGGCUGUUUCACCCACAGCAAUUUAAAACAAAAAUUCCUGUGGGUGACAAGUUCGAGGCCUGCAGCCAUUGGAGUGGAUUUGUAAACGUGGCUUGUAGAAACAUAAUAUUUUGUAACCAUAUAGAAAUGUCAUAAAAAUUGACAUGGUUUUAGACAGAAGAAACAUGCUGUAACACAUUUUUGAAAUUACAUGCCUUAUGUUCAUUGUGCUGGGGCAGAAGGAAUAACAUUCAACACAAAAUGAUAUAUUAGCUACAGUUGUGCUUGGGAUAAGAAAAAACUACAGAAAACAUAUUGAAUAUAUUGUUUUGUUGCUAUAUCAUGAAACAAUACUAAAGAGAAAAAUAAUAGCUGAAAAACGGACUAGUUGAAUAACCCGAUUCUUAUAUACAUGAUAGGUCUAUCUAACUGUCAUGUCAGAAUUCCCAUGUGCCAUUGAAUCCGUAAUUUCAGGGAGAGGCAUCGUCCUGUGAUGAUUAAACUUCCCUUGCACUUUGCUUCAUGCAUCUGAUGUACUCUGUCUUAUUCAUAGAUGCAAUAUAUACAAAUUAAAAUUAGGUUUUUGUCUUUUUUCACUUGUUUUCUUCCACUUUCCAACGAGCUCCCCGGUUAUCGUUGGCCAUGGAGCUUGCGUAACCCCGCAAUGGAGAGGAAAUCACAACAAACAGAAACUUAGCAACUGCAGCUUCCGGUCUAUUCCAUGUUGACAACUGUGUGUAACUUGGCGUCUGUGGGUGCAAAAUUCUUCUGUUAGAAGCUAAAUACCAUUAGCAAUGUUCAAGAACACGUUUCAAAGUGGUUUCUUAUCCAUACUUUAUAGUAUUGGAAGCAAACCUCUUCAAAUAUGGGACAAAAAGGUUCGAAAUGGACACAUUAAGAGAAUAACAGAUAAUGACAUUCAGUCCUUGGUGUUGGAAAUAGUUGGAACAAAUGUCAGCACAACAUUCAUCACAUGUCCUGCUAAUCUGAAAAAGACAUUGGGAAUCAAAUUGCCUUUCCUCGUCAUGAUUAUAAAAAACUUAAAGAAGUACUUCACAUUUGAAGUGCAGGUUUUGGAUGACAAGAAUGUGCGGAGAAGAUUCCGAGCAAGUAAUUACCAGAGCACGACACGUGUGAAACCGUUCAUCUGUACGAUGCCCAUGAGGUUGGACGAUGGGUGGAACCAGAUUCAGUUCAACCUGUCAGAUUUCACACGCCGGGCAUACGGAACAAACUACAUUGAAACACUGCGUGUACAGAUCCAUGCCAAUUGCCGAAUUCGUCGAGUCUACUUUUCCGAUAGAUUGUACUCUGAAGACGAAUUGCCAGCAGAAUUCAAACUCUACCUCCCAGUUCAGCCAAAAGCCAAGGCAUAACUAAAGCUCUCUCUCAGACUGGUUAAACAGACACUGGUACUCAAGUCAAACUAUAAAGAUAUUUGUUACAGUUAUGGUGGAACGAUGUCAUGUGUACAGUUAAUUGGCAAGUAUUGUGAAGCCAAGUACAUGUUAUUUUAAGUCAGAGGAAGAAAUUUGCUAUGUUCAAUCAUUUUGUCAUUGUGGUAAAUAUUUUAGUCUCAUUUCUACAUGUAUUAAUGCAAAAUCUGUCUAAAAGCUGUUGGUUUUGCAUAUAAUACAAAUUCAUCUUUUUAACACAUUAUUAUUGAUACAUAUAUAUUAUUGUAUUUUAUUAAGGUUAUAUAAUUGCAUAUAUAGAUAUG